GGCAUCACGGCUGCCGAGCUGUCGCUUGUGGGUCUGGCCGGUUUCUGUGCUCAGCGGCGCCGGGGGUGGGUUGACGGCUCCAUCUUUGCUUGCGCCGAAGGCUCCGACAUUCCUGGCGGAACAGCGGCGGCUGUUGAGCUCCCCACAGCAUCCCGGCUCCGCGGAGGGUGGCGGCGCGGAUUGGGCAGCCGCCAUGAGCACUGAAGAUGAGAUCAUCCGCAUUGCUAAGAAGAUGGACAAGAUGGUGCAGAAGAAGAACGCGGUUCAAGUUGGCAGAGGUAAUGUUGCACAUAUGGAUAUUCAAAAAUCAAGAGCAAUUGAGUAAGAUUAGAGAAGAAAAGGCUGGGGCUCUUGAUUUACUCAAGGAACUUAAGAAUAUGCCCAUGACUCUGGAGUUGUUACAGUCUACAAGAAUUGGAAUGUCAGUGAAUGCAAUACGCAAGCAAAGCACAGAUGAAGAAGUUACAUCUUUAGCAAAAUCUCUCAUUAAAUCAUGGAAGAAGUUAUUAGAUGGACCAUCAAAUGAUAAAGACUCUGAAGAAAAGAAAAAAGAAGCAGGAUCUUCAUCACAAAACAGUCCUGAAGCAAGGGAAGAAAGCAGUUCCAGUAGCAACUCAAGCACCAAGAAAGAGGAAGCUAAUGUUCCCUCAGAAACCUUUAUUUCUUCUUUUCCCCGGGCUCCAAGCACAUCUGAUUCUGUACGGAUGAAAUGUAGAGAAAUGUUGGCAGCAGCUCUCAAAACAGGAGAUGAUUACAUUGCUAUUGGUGCUGAUGAUGAAGAGCUGGGUUCUCAGAUUGAAGAAGCUAUAUUUCAGGAGCUAAAAAACACAGACAUGAAAUACAAAAAUAGAGUGCGAAGCAGGAUAGCAAACCUUAAGGACACAAAGAAUCCUAAUCUAAGGAAAAAUGUUUUAUGUGGGAAUAUACUUCCUGACAGGUUUGCUAAAAUGACAGCAGAGGAGAUGGCAAGUGAUGAACUGAAAGAAAUGAGGAAAAAUCUUACCAAAGAAGCUAUAAGAGAGCAUCAAAUGGCUAAAACAGGAGGAACCCAGACUGAUCUGUUUACAUGUGGUAAAUGUAAAAAGAAGAAUUGUACUUAUACCCAGGUUCAAACCCGAAGUGCUGAUGAACCUAUGACAACAUUUGUUGUGUGUAAUGAAUGUGGAAACAGAUGGAAGUUCUGCUAGAAGAAGAAAUUGUUGACAUCUGGACCAGUAUGAAAGAGGAUUUUAUAAUUAGCUUUAAGAACUAGCUUCCUACAAAAGUUUUGUUUUGUUGUUCUUUUUUUGUUUUGUUUUUGUUCUUUUUAAGCAGACAUCUCUGAAGUUAGAUUUUGGUUUUGACAUCGCCAUCCCUGUAGUUAAUAGUCAGUAGAGCCAGGAUACUCAGUUGUAUGGUGUAAUUUCAUUUCCUCCCAACCCCCAUUUUUUAUAAACAAGUCUACAUUAAACUUUUAUCAAUGACA